AUGAAUUAUAUUCAUGCGGUUUGUCGGACAGCCAAAAAUUCUGCAAGGCAGUUGGGUGUCUGGCAGAGUCACAAAACUAGCCAUGGACUGUCCAACCUGAAGAUCGCUGUCGAUUCCGAAGCCGGAUCCGGUCUGCCCGGCAUGAAACUAUUGACGUUCCACAUCACCGGUGACAGUAGCGAUCAGAUCGACUCUAGCAGCAUUUCCACCGAAUUCAUCACGACCAUCCAGGGCGCCAACAUUCCCGGCAUUUCCUUCGAAACCACGUCCACGGAUGCGUCCGUUGAAACGUCAACGGAAGUCACGGUCAACGGUGGCGAUAAUUCGAACGGUGGUGAUAAUACUAACACCAACAACAACGUUAAUAUUAACGUCAACGGCGGUGGAGCUGGAGGAAAUCCUUUCACUAUCCGCGGCACUGUUACCAUCACUUUCACUUCCGACAGCCAACUGAAUCAGAUUCUGCAGCAAAUCCUGAGCCUCUGGAUUAAGACAUACGGCUCACAGUUUGGAGUGGACAGUGGAAAGGUCAAAAUCAAUGUUGCAUCGAAAGUCCCCAAUGGUAGCGGCGGCUACACCGUUACCUUCACCAUUACCGGCACCAGCACGUCAACGGUCGAUGUCACAUCCAACAUCACCGACUUCUUGACAAUUAUUGCCAAUGCACACAUCAACGGAGUUGUUACCGGCACCAUUUCAGGUCGUCUGCAGUGGACCAUUACCAUUGACGGACUGUUCUCAUAUGGUUCUCCCAGCGAACGCGACAAUCUGCUCCAGACCAUCUUGAACCUGUGGAUGUCUAACUUCGGUAUGCAGAGCUUACAGUUUAUGGAGUUCAUCCGCUACCGGGCUUCUUCCCAACGGUGGAACUGGAAUUGUCGGCGGUCCUACUUCUUUCACAAUUACGGCCAUGUCACCGUUAAGUACAACGUGAAAUCUGAGUUGGAUCGAAUUCUGCAGGCCAUUCUUAAACUCUGGAUCCAGAAAUAUGGUUCUCGAUACGGAGCAACCAAUGUCAAGAUCGUGGUGAGCAGUUCUCGUCCUACCGGCAAAGGAACCUAUGACGUCACAUAUACCAUCACCGGCACCAGCAGCGUGACCAUCAAUAUCAACGUAAUCAGCAACGAAUUCCAGACUACAGUUUCCAGUUCGAAAAUCACCGGAAUAGUUAUUGGUGGUGGAAGCAGUGUUACCGACGGUGGUAAUGGAAGUGGUGAAGGAAGCGGAGAAAUUACAGUCACUGACAACGGCGGUGGACCAGGCGGCAAAAACACGUUCACUUACACCGGUAAAGUUACCGUCACCGUAACGAGCGAUAGCGACUUGAGAGGACUUAUCCAAGCCAUUCUGAAACUGUGGAUCCAGAAAUACGGAUCAACCUACGGCAUCGGUAACAUUUCCAUCAAGAUCACAUCCAAAGUCUCCAACGGCAGCGGUGGAUGGAUCAUCACCUACGUCAUCACCGGAUCCAGCAGCAAAGUUGUCACCAUUAACAAAAUCCAGGGCGAAUGGACCAUUACCAUCACAACUUCCCAGAUUCCCGGAAUAACGGUGGAAGGCGAAACCAGCACCCCCGUAUCCGGCGAAGACACCACCCCGGGAACCGGCGAAGACACGACAACACCGGCAACUCCAGGUGGCGAAGAGACUCCCGCCCCGGGCGGUGAAGAUACCACGACACCGGCAACUCCUGGUGGUGAGGAGACUCCCACCCCGGGUGGCGACGUAACCCCCGCCCCGGGCGGAGAAGACACCACAACCCCUGCCACUCCUGGCGGCGAAGAGACCCCCGCCCCGGGCGGUGAAGACACCACUCCUGCUACUCCAGGUGGCGAAGAGACGCCCGCCCCGGGUGGCGAAGACACGACAACACCGGCUACUCCUGGCGGCGAAGAGACUCCCGCCCCGGGCGGUGAAGACACCACGACACCGGCUACUCCAGGUGGUGAGGAGACCCCCGCUCCUGGAGGUGAAGACACCACAACUCCUGCUACUCCAGGUGGCGAAGAGACGCCCGCCCCGGGUGGCGAAGACACGACAACACCGGCUACUCCUGGCGGUGAAGAAACUCCGGCCCCGGGUGGCGAAGACACCACUCCCGGAACAGAUGCAGGCUCUCCGACUCCGCCUAACAGCAACGAAGAGGGUGGAAGCACUCCAGGCGGUGGUGGCGAAAUUACUAUUAACGGCAAUGGUGGCGGCGAAGGUGGCGACAAGACAUUCGAUCUUACUGGUAAAAUCACGGUCACCAUUACCACUGAUGCCGACUUGCGCGCUUUCCUCCAGGCCAUUCUUAAUUUAUGGAUCCAGAAAUACGGUUCGAUCUAUGGUAUCGGGAAUAUUUCCAUUAAGAUCACGUCCAAAGUACCAAAUCCCACCGGAUCGGGCUGGAUUAUCUCGUACGAAAUUACCGGCAGCAGCAGCACCACCGUCACCAUCGACACCAUUAAGGGAGAAUGGAAUGGCAUCAUCGAUAACUCGGGCAUUGAUGGAGUGGUUAUUGGUACCGGCACUAUCACCAUCGAGGGUGGCAACACAGGCGAAGGUGGCGGCGAAGGCGAAAUUAGCAUCGAAGGCAAUGGUGGCGGUUCAGGUGGUGACAAUAAAUUUGAUCUCACUGGCAAAAUCACUGUCACGGUUACCACUGACGCUGAUUUACGCACUCUUCUCCAAGCCAUUCUGAAUCUGUGGAUCGAGAAAUACGGAUCAACCUACGGCAUCGGAAGCAUUACCAUUAAGAUCACAUCCAAAGUACCAAAUCCCACUGGAUCUGGCUUCAUCAUUUCGUACGAAAUUACCGGCAGCAGCAGUACCACCGUCACUAUCGAUACCAUUAAGGGAGAAUGGAAUGGUUUCAUCGAUAACGCCGGCAUUAAUGGCGUGGUUAUUGGUACUGGUACUAUCACCACAGAAGGCAACGGUGGUGGUGAAGGAAGCGGUGAAGGCGAGAUUUCGGUGAAAGGCAACGGUGGCGGAUCGGGAGGUGACAAUAGCUUCACCUUCAGCAGCACCGUCACGGUGACAGUAACAUCCAAUGCUGACUUGACCACCCUGAUCAAGGCCAUCCUGGACCUGUGGAUCAAACAAUACGGCUCGACCUACGGAAUCGGAGAUGUUACCAUUAAGAUCACAUCUAAACAGCCAACCGCUAGCGGUGGAUUCACCAUCUCUUACACCAUUACCGGCUCCAGCAGCACCACCGUGCCCACUGACACCAUCCAGGGCGAAUGGACCGCUCUGAUCAACGGCGCCGGUAUUACUGGCAUUGUUGUGGAAGGCGGUGAAGGCGCUUCUACGGAAGCCAGUGCUGGUGGCAACUCUUUACCGUGACCGGUACCGUAAAGGUUACCUUCACGACCGAUGCCGAACUCGACACCAUUAUGCAGAGCAUCCUGCAGCUCUGGAUUAAGACAUACGGCUCGAUGUAUGGUGCUACCAACGUGAAGAUCAAUGUCGGCUCCCGAGUGCCAAGCGGAAGUGCCUUUACCAUUACCUUCACCAUUACCGGCACGAGCACCACGUCCUUCGAUGUGACCGCCAAUGCCGCUGAAUUUGCCG